AUGGAGCUGUUCAGGCGUGAGGCGGAUCACUGGUUCAUGCUGAACCACCAGAACGUGGUUUACCUCUACGGAGCUUGCCACGUCGGCACCCCAUUCUUCGUGUGCGAGCCAGCUAAAUCGACCUCGCUGACCUCCCACUAUCUGCACGAGCGCGGAAUCGUCCACUGCGACCUGAAGGGGAACAACUUCAUGGUCGGCACGGACGGCAAGACCAUCAAGCUCGGCGACUUUGGCAUGAUGCCCUGGAAGGCUCCUGAGUACCUCAAGGGCGAAGACCCCACGGUGAUGUCGGACGUCUACGGGUUUGGCAUGUGCAUCCUCGAGCUCAUCAGCGGAACCUUCCCGUGGGCUGGGCUGCCCGAGGCUGCGGUUAAGUUCCACUGGAGCCUGAUCCAGCACAUGUGCUGCUACGAGCCCAGCGAGCGCAUCAGUCUCGAUGCCGUCGUGGACAUGCUGCACACCUUCCGCUUCGAGUAG